UCUAGUAUGUCUUUCUAGCUAUCUAAUAUGGAUUAUCUAUCUAGCUAUCUAAUAUGUACCUGUAGCUUUCUAGAACAUAUACAUACCAUAUCUAUCAGUCCUUCCACUUGCUCUACACAUUACAUUACACACCCCAAUGCAAUAAAAAUGACUUUUUAUCUAAAGUAGCAAAAGUUUCAUGCACACCAUUUAUAAUGUUCACAACCUGCACAUUCACCCACAGACUAAUAGAGAAUCAAUACAGGCAAUGCUUUCCUUGUAUACUGUUGGAAACGCUAUAUCUUAACUGUACGUUCCCUGAUGGAAAGUAAGAUUCUUUUAACCAAACCAAAAUAACAUAAAACACGUAUGACAAAUUUAUAUUAAUCAGCAAAAUAUUCUGCUAUUAAAAAUAUCCGAUAAAAUGAAAUGGAUCUCCUUUCUAUAGAAAAUAAUUAUCUUCAGUGUCUCUUACCACCCACCUCUUGACAUAGCAGGCUUUAAAGCCUGGAUCAGGGCAUGCAGGUUACAGGCUUGUGAGAUCCCUGUAAAUCAGGGGGUGUCCAGGUUCUUGUAGAUUAGGCAGCAGAUUACAGCAGAAGUGGAUGCUUAUUGAUUUUUCUUUACAAUACUUAGGUUAAUGUAACAUGCUGGAGCAGGAAAAGGGUCCUGUGUGUGUAAUGCAGGUGCUGACCUUCCCACCUCUCAAAUAAAAAAGAUCAUCCAAAUAAAUGGAUGAUUAUUAAUCCAAUCAAUAGUAGCCACCUUCUCCACCCCCCUCCUCGCCAGGCACAUAUGGUCCUUAUUGUCAUCAUCAACAUCGUAAAAGGUAUGUUAUUUACUUAGGCUAUUGUUAGUAUGAUCCAGAGGCAGCUGGACCUAUGUAUGUGGUACAGAAUGAUAACAUGGAAAAUAAACAUGGAAAUUACAGGUUUACACAGGGUUAUAAAGGCUGUGACCCAAUGGGUGGUAAAUAACCGAGGCGGAAAUUAAGUUGUGAAACUUUAAAGAACUAGUUUAGAUGUGAAGAAGAAGCUGAGUGUCCUGUAAAGCUCUAUGCAUGGCUGGCAAUGGAAUCGGCUGCUUAAUGCCAUCAUUUUCUUAGCAUUAUUGCUUUUAUUAUUAACCAUUAUGACAUCAUUGAUUACUCUAGAAAUCUAUGGACAUCUGCUUUUCAUUAUACUAGAAAGUGAGACAAACUAGUGAUAGGCUGCAGACUUCUUGGAACAAAAUGGUCAUAUCUAAUACCGAAAUGCACUAAUAAUAAUUCAUAUGCAUUUGCAACCUGAUCCAUGCAGCUUGUUGCUAUUGCAAAGCUAUGCACGGCGCUUUAGGCAGUGCACAGCAAAAGGAUAAAAUGCAAUGAUUUUGCUUAGGGGCAAUGAUGCAUUUUGUGCAUUAAAUGUAGCAAUUGCAAUUCUAUGGAAUAUGGGGGUGGGUGUGUGGGGUAAUCGGAAGUUAAUAGGAGAGUAAAUCCAGGUUAGUUGGCAGCAUGCAAGCAGAAGCAGCAGCGUGCAGGCAGAGAGAGCCCCCUUGGCUGAGCUGUGGGGCUGAGCAGGGUCCCACAUUGAAUGGCAGCCUGUGUGUGUGUGAUGUGUUGUGCUUUCAGAGUGCAGCAGUGUGACACUGAUGGAUGAGCCAAUGGUUAGACGGACAGAUGUUAGGGCGGAUCUAAGACUAUGCAAUGCCAAACCAGCAGAUAGAACAGAGAGAGGGAGGGAGGCAAGAAGGAGGUUAGGCAGCAAAAAUCCCGAUUCCUUGAAAAUCACCUAAUCCUGACAGACGACACACUGGAUGUGGAAAGCAUUUACCUCUCUGCAGAUCACACCCCGGCUCCUCUGAUCACCCCUCCAUACCAGCACCCCAGACCCUUGGCAUUCAGCAACAUCAUCUUACCAACUCACCAUCCUCUUCUGUGACUGCUAUUUGUUAUUUAAUUUUUUUCAUUUUGCUUUUAAAUCCCCCAUUUUCCAGCGCAUUUCAGGAAAAAGAGCUGCAAUAUAUAUUUUUGGGGGCAUCAGUCAAGAUCAAGAGAAUAGCUGAGGAAAAAAAAGAAAGAACUUCAAAGUCCUGAGAACAGCAAGUUGGUGGGGAAAGCAGUCUUCUUCUUGUUGUUGUGCCUGUGAAUGCAGCAUGUGAAGAAGAAACAUCUGCAGAGAGGGAAGGAGGCAUUUGGAAAUAUCCCAGGUCCUGAAGGAUGGGGGCAGUAGGAGAUUUUUUGAUCUUGUAAGCUCAUCCUCUCUCUCUGUGCUUUUUUUUUUCUUCCCUCCUCUCUCUUUCCUGUAAACUGAAAGUAAAGGGCACAGAGCUGCUGGAGAGAGUGCACAAGGCGCAUGGGACUUGGAGUGAAGCCUGUAAUUUGCUGUUGCUGUCAUGAAAUAUCUAUUAGCCACACAAAGGGGGGGAAAAAUUGCAAUUGGCAGCCAAGAAGGUGUUUGGCAAUAGCUUGCAAUCCAAGCCCAGAAAAAGCAUUGAGACAGUGUUAGGAAAGAGUCCAUCCCUCUCUGAUUCAGGAACAGGAUUCCAGCCAGGAAUGCGUAAUCGAGCUCACUGUGCAUCGAUCGUCUGUUCUUCUGCCUGGGGGUUCCCUUCUUGUGAACUUGGAUUCGAGUAAUCCGCAGCUCCCACAUAAGAGUGUCAUCUGAUCCCGGACAUCAAAGUAAUCCGCUCUAAAGGGCGUUGCAAGAUCCGGCUCAUAAACUAAAGUGAUCUGAUGUUCCAGUUGCUGGACGAGGCUGUCUUUGAUUACUGUGGCCCCAAGUAAAAACGCGGCGUGUGCACACACUGAUAGAAAAGACACAACAACAAAAAAAAAGAACAGAGAAUCUAAUUUUGUUUCUUGCCGAUCAAUCUUGAUGCACACCAGAAAGAAACUUGUAGGGCUUCCCUUGAAACUCCACAUCCCUUUCUCUGAGCCGUUUUGGGAUUGCAUCAGGAAGCAGGAGGGUGCUGGCUGUCAAUCAUGCGCUGAUCGGUGUACGUGGAGAGACAUCGCCGGUCGCUUGGCCCAAGAACAAUAGCACAUUUUUUUUGCAGCCGGGGCUGUGGUGUCGGUGCAUGCAACCUUCAAGAAGUGGAUCCCAUCACAGGAGGAUUUGUGGGGCCCCAAGAACUCUUCCUGCCUCCCCCCCAGAGCCAGCAGAGCCCAGGCAGGCGAACUGAUCAGCAGCAUGCCGAGGAGAAAGCAGCAAGCGCCCAGGAGAGCUGCAGCAUACGUCUCUGAUGAGUUGAAGGCAGCCGCCCUCAUUGAUGAUGAUGCUGAAGCUGAGGACGCUGUCGUUGAAGGCGAGCCAUCUUCAAAAUAUGUCUGUCCUGAAAAGGAAUUCGCAAAUAACUCUCCGAGCUACCAGCACUCUCCUGCCGGAGAAUUCUCCAACCAUGAGAUGGACAGCGAAUCUCACGUCAGUGAGACCAGUGACCGCAUGGCUGACUUUGAAAGUAGCUCCAUCAAAAAUGAAGAAGAGAGCAAAGAGAUCUUGGCUCCUUUGGAGGACUCCAAUGUGUCUGACAGCUUAGAGCAGAUGAAAGCUGUCUACAAUAAUUUCCUAUCAAAUUCUUACUGGUCCAACCUCAGCUUAAAUCUUCACCAGUCAACUUCAGAAAAGAACAAUGCCAGUAGUAGCAGCAGCAGUAGCAGUGCUAGCAGCUGUGGAAGUUUUGACUGGCACCAGACAGCCAUGGCUAAAACGCUACAGCAAGUAUCUCAGAGCCGGGUCCUACCUGAGCCGAGCCUCUUCAGCACUGUCCAGUUGUACCGACAGAGCAGUAAACUCUAUGGUUCCAUUUUCACAGGUGCCAGUAAAUUCCGUUGCAAAGACUGUAGCGCUGCAUAUGAUACACUAGUACAACUGACAGUUCACAUGAAUGAAACGGGACAUUACAGAGAUGAUAACCAUGAAACUGAUAACAAUAAUCCAAAACGUUGGUCAAAGCCACGUAAACGUUCAUUACUUGAAAUGGAAGGAAAAGAAGAUGCCCAAAAAGUGUUAAAGUGCAUGUACUGUGGUCAUUCAUUCGAAUCUCUUCAGGACCUAAGUGUUCACAUGAUUAAAACAAAACACUACCAAAAAGUGCCUCUUAAAGAACCCGUUACCCCUGUAGCAGCAAAAAUUGUCCCAGCUGCUAGGAAAAAGCUCUCUCUAGAACUUGAUCUUCCAAGUUCUCCUGAUUCGACAGGAGGGACACCAAAACCCACUAUUUCAGAUGGAAAUGAAGUUUUGCAAAAGAAUUCAAACCCAUAUAUUACACCAAAUAACCGGUAUGGCCACCAGAAUGGGGCCAGUUAUGCUUGGCAUUUUGAAGCUAGGAAGUCCCAGAUACUAAAGUGCAUGGAAUGUGGCAGCUCUCAUGACACAUUACAAGAACUCACUGCCCACAUGAUGGUCACAGGACAUUUUAUAAAAGUGACCAACUCAGCGCUUAAGAAAGGAAAACCUGUCAUGGAAGCCCCUACUACACCAACCUCUUUACUGGAUGAAAAGGUACAGUCCGUACCGCUAGCUGCCACCACUUUUACACCUCCCACUAAUAAUAACGCUUCACUUUCACCAAAACUUACUGUUGAAAUUAAAAAAGAAGUUGACAAAGAUAAAGUAAUCCCAGAUGACAAAAUCAAAGACAAGGAGAAGUCAAGUGAAGAAGAAGAAAAGUUUGAUGUCUCUUCCAAAUAUCAUUACCUAACUGAAAAUGAUUUAGAAGAAAGCCCCAAAGGUGGGUUAGAUAUCCUUAAAUCUUUAGAAAAUACUGUAACAUCUGCCAUUAAUAAAGCGCAGAAUGGCACUCCAAGUUGGGGGGGCUAUCCAAGCAUCCAUGCUGCCUACCAGCUCCCCAACAUGAUGAAGUUAUCACUAGGCUCCUCAGGGAAAAGUACUCUAUUAAAACCAAUGUAUGGUAAUAGUGAUGUUAUGUCACCUACCAAAAAUCCGCCACUGGUGUCACCACCAAGCAGUCAGACCUCCCCUGUGCCAAAGACUAACUUCCAUGCCAUGGAGGAAUUAGUCAAGAAAGUGACAGAGAAAGUAGCUAAAGUGGAGGAGAAAAUGAAGGAGCCAGAGGGGAAUUUUUCACCAGUAAAAAGGGCAACACCAUCUCCAAGUGGUAGUGAGACUAGUGAACCUCAGAAAACUGAUGUUCUGAAUGAAGUUGUAUUUAAAAGCCAGCAAAAUAGUCCAGUUUUACAAAAAGACAACUGCAAGGAAAGCUCGACUCUAGAGCCAGUAGAAAAUGGCAAGGACCACGUCAAGUCGAUAAUAGGCAGCUUAAGUAGCAGCACUGCUAUAAUAACAGAUCACCCUCCAGAACAACCGUUUGUUAAUCCAUUAAGUGCACUGCAGUCUGUUAUGAACAUUCACCUUGGCAAGGCAGCUAAACCCUCUCUGCCGGCUCUGGAUCCCAUGAGCAUGCUAUUUAAAAUGAGUAACAGCUUGGCUGAAAAAGCUGCAGUUGCGACCCCACCUAUCCAAGCCAAAAAAACAGACCACUUAACAGACCGUUAUUUUUAUCAUGUCAACAAUGACCAGCCCAUAGAUUUGACGAAAGGAAAGAGUGACAAAAACUGCUCUUUGGCUUCAACGCUUUUGUCACCCACAUCGACAUCUUCUGCAUCUUCUUCAUCUACAGUGACAACAGCAAAGACAUCUGCAGUCGUGUCAUUCAUGUCAAACUCACCGCUGCGCGAGAAUGCCUUGUCAGAUAUUUCUGAUAUGCUGAAGAACCUGACAGAAAGCCACACAUCAAAAUCUUCUACACCUAACAGUAUAUCUGAAAAAUCUGACAUCGACGGUACCACAAUAGAGGAACCAGAAGAAAACACACCAGCUCAGAAAAGGAAAGGACGCCAGUCCAACUGGAACCCACAACAUUUGCUUAUCCUACAAGCCCAGUUUGCAGCUAGUUUGCGACAGACAUCUGAAGGGAAAUAUGUCAUGUCGGACUUGAGCCCUCAAGAAAGAAUGCACAUUUCCAGGUUUACAGGACUCUCUAUGACCACAAUUAGUCACUGGCUAGCUAAUGUGAAAUACCAGCUACGAAGGACAGGUGGAACGAAGUUCCUCAAGAACUUGGACACUGGGCAUCCAGUGUUUUUUUGUAAUGACUGCGCCUCGCAAAUCAGGACACCCUCAACGUACAUCAGUCACCUUGAAUCACAUCUAGGUUUUAGAAUAAGGGACUUGUCUAAAAUUUCUAGUGAACAGAUACACAAUCAGAUAGCACAAACAAAAUCCCCCUCUGACAAGCGAGCUUCCUCCCCUGAAGAAGAGACUGGAACUUCUUAUCAGUGUAAGCUUUGCAACCGGACAUUUGCGAGCAAGCACGCUGUGAAACUGCAUUUGAGUAAAACACAUGGGAAGUCUCCAGAAGAUCACCUUCUAUAUGUGUCAGAGCUAGAAAAGCAGUAGUAUUUGCUUUUUUUUUUUUUUUUUUAUGUUAAAAUGACUGUAAAUUGCUUUGAGGAAAACUGUCAGGAAAAAGCCUUAAAGCUACAAUACUUGGCACACGUUCCUAUAUUGUCUCUGGAGAGUCUUUCUCUCUGGGAGUGUGAACUGUUUUUGUAAAACUGUACAGUGUUUAAUAGAGGUGCAUAAUCGGCUGUUGUUACAGGUAACACGCGAAGGUUAUAAUGCUAUGGGAAGAGUUUGGGACUCGUGUAAAUUGGAAUAGUUGUGCGCCCGACUGCAUGAAUUAACAGGACAGUUUUAUUAAGCAUUUAUAUCUAAAUCUGGUACACUAUUUUUCAUUUGACCUGUGUGCUAGUUUUUUUCAGCAUUCGACCUUUAGCCCUCUGAGUACUUUGGAGCACUAUUUUAUGUUAAUUGGGGGAAGGAGGCCCUUCUUUUUAUUCUUCUUAUUUAUUUACUAAAUAAAAACUACUGGCUCAGAUCCAACGUCAUGAUUCAAUUCUACAACUGCAGUUUUUUAUUUUUUAUCAUACUGAAAUGACUAUUCCCUGGGACCUUGAACGCAUCGCGGUGCAAUGCGCAACUGACCCCUUAUGCUUUGAAAGAGUUAAAAAAAAACCUGUAUAUAGUGUACAGACUUGCAUUUUGGAGAUUGUGAUCUUUGUUAUCAGCAGAAGCCCCAAACCAACCCUAAUCCCAACCACCCUGCAAUUCUGACUUGUUUUUUUAAGUAGUAAAUGCAGUAUGCCCUUUAACAUAAGCUGUGCCUAUGUAUAGUGUAAAUUUCUUUUCUUAAUUACCUUUUAAAUGCCAACUGAAAAGAAUAACUGUUUCUGGCAGUGAGAAAGGUUUGCUUUUUUUUAUUUUUUAUUUUAUUUUUUCUUUCACCCAAAUGGUGUAAAUUAUUCAAAGCAUACAACAAAUAGUCUUUAUAAAAUAUUCAAAAACUAUUAUUCUAAAAAAAAAAUUAUGAUUGCUUUACUAUACAUCUAUAUUGUUAAAAGUUCAUGUUUAAAUUAUGCAUAUUUAUUAGCAAUGUAAUAUCAUUUGUUGCCAAUAAGAAUUGAAGUCACAAACCACAGGAAUACGUAACCGGCACUGCUAAUUUGUUUGUUUUUUUCUUUUUGCACAAAACCUUUUUUUUUUUUUUUACUUUUUUUUUAUAUUUAUUAAUGUGAAACAAAUAUAUUCUAAUUCUCAGUGCUCAAAGGGUUAAAAAAAAGAGUAUUUGCAUAAUUUAAAAACAAGUGUACUGUAUUUCCUGAGAAUUGCUAAUGCUUUAAAAUGGAAAAAAAAAAAAAUAAUAAAAUAAAAACUGUUUGUACUAGAAAACUUUGCUUACAACACGAAGAGGCAUUCUGUAAUAUAACCUCUUUUACUUAUUUAUAAGCACCCCGGGUUGUUAGCCCAGAUUGUAGAAUGCUUUUUUAUUUCAUUUUUGUAAGUUUUUUUUUCCUGUUUUGUUUUGUCUAAUUAUCUUCCCGAGAUCCCAUUCUGCCGCUUUAUCUUAAAGCAUAUGAAAGGUAACCCGUGGUUACCAACUCACUAAGUGAUUCUGUUCUUCUCCAUAUUUGGCAGUUAAUUUGCAGAAAUAACUGACAGCUGACACCAUACAAGGAAAAUGUGUAUACAAUAUUGGCAUGUAAACAGCACAGACACUGUAAUGCACUCUGUGUCCUUUUUUCUGUUGUUGACAAUGAGAUAUCAUUAUAUAAUUCUUCUUCAUAUAACCUUUUUUUCUACAACAGCAUUAAAAAAAAUUGUCUUUUU